CGGGCGGCCCCGGCGGGGGAGCGCGGCCACGGCGCAGCGGGCGGACGCCAGGCCCGCGGCCUCCCGGCUCCUUUUCCCUCGGCCACUCGGCCUCGGCCGGGCGCUGGGCGCGGCGUCGGAGGUAUCCUAAUGGGCAUGACGCUGAAAAAUUUUAAAUGAGAGCAAAGCAACCUACAAAUAUUCUCCUCUGCCAGUUAGGAUCCCCAAAGUGCCUCCAGGGUAUGAAAGGUUUCAGCCCUGACUAGAUCCGAGUUUCAUCAUGGCCCUCUACUUUGACCACCCAAUAGAAGCCCCAGACUCUGUCGAGUCUCCUUCCCACAUCCAUUGGCACCCUGUUCAUCCAUUCCUGGCGGUUGCCUCCGUCAGCAGGAUUGCAGGAGGCAGCGUGGAUAUAUAUCUGGAACAAGGUGAGCAUGUGUCCGAUACACAUAUUGAGAGGUCAUUCCGGGUCACUUCCUUGUGCUGGCACCCAACACGACCGAUCCUUGCUGUUGGCUGGGAGACUGGGGAAGUGACGGUGUUUAAUAAGCAGGACAAGGAGCAGCACGCGGUCCCCCCGACACAUACCACCGACAUCACCGUUCUCAAGUGGAGCCCCAACGGCAACUGCCUUGUGUCAGGGGACAGGCUUGGUGUCCUGCUCUUGUGGAGGUUGGACCAAAGAGGUCGAGUACAAGGGACGCCCCUGCUGAAACACGACCACGGAAAACCCCUAACUCACUGUAUCUUCCGGCUCCCCCCUCCUGGCGAGGACCUUGUUCAGUUGGCGAAGGCAGCUGUGAGCGGUGACGAGAGAGCCCUGGACAUGUUUAACUGGAGGAAAACUGGCUUUGGAAGUUUCCUGAAAAUGGGAUCUCAAGAGGGACUAUCAUUCUUUGUCAGCUUGAUGGAUGGGACAGUGCUCUACGUGGAUGAGAAAGGGAAGAGCACCCAGGUGGCAUCCACAGACAGCUCCAUCCAAACGCUCUUCUACAUCGAGAAGAGGGAGGCCCUGGUGGUGGUCACGCAGAACCUGCUGCUGUCUCUGUACGUGGUGAGGCCCGAGGGCAAAGCAGAGGAAGUGAUGAAGGUGAAGUUGAGCGGGAAGACGGGUUGCCGGGCAGACAUCGCAUUGAUUGAAGGCAGCGUGCUUGUGACCGCCAUAGGGGAACCUGUUCUCAGAUUCUGGGAUCUAGAAGGUGGAGAGAAUUACAUGCUGAGUCCAGCAGAGAAGUUUGGUUUUGAAAAAGCUGAGAACAUAAACUGUGUUUCUUACUGUAAAACCAAAGGUCUUCUGGCAGCGGGCACCGAUAAAGGGCGAGUAGCCAUUUGGAGAAAACUGCCAGGCCCCCAGAGCAGCCGAGUGGCAGAGGGCAAGGACAGGUGGAUUUUUCAGACCCCUAGUGAGCUCGAAGGCAACAUCACACAGAUUAAGUGGGGCUCCCGGAAGAGCCUCCUGGCAGUGAACAACAUGAGCUCCGUGGUGAUCCUCAGCGAGCAGGCCAUGUCUUCACACUUCCAUCAGCAAGUGGCCGUGGUGCAGACUUCCCCAAGCUUACUGAGCGUGUCCUUCCUGUCCACGGGGGUGACACACAGCCUGCGUAUAGACAUGCACGUCAGUGGAGUGUUCACCACCAAGGAUGCCAUUGCUGUCUGGAACGGAAAACAGGUGAUGGUCUUUGAGCCUUCUGGAGGCACAUUACGGAAUGCAGGAACUUUCCUGUGUGAGACUCCAGUGUUAGCCAUGCAUGAGGACAAUGUGUACACCGUGGAGCCAAACCGAGUUCAAGUUCGAACCUGGCAGGGGACUGUGAAACAGCUCUUACUGUUCUCCGAGGCGGAGGGGAGCCCGUGCUUCCUUGACAUCUGUGGAAAUUUCCUGGUUGUGGGGACAGACCUGGCUCACUUUAAAAGCUUUGAUCUUUCCCGAAGAGAGGCGAAAGUGCACUGCAGCGACAAGAACCUGGCCGCACUGAUCCCGGGCGCAGCGGGCGUGGCCUCACUGAGGUGUAACGCCAGCGGCAGCAGGAUCAGCAUCCUCCUCAGCAAGGUAGACAACAGCCCUGACUCCAAAAUCUGCUUCUAUGACGUGGAAAUGGACACCAUGACCAUCCUUGACUUCAAGACGGGGCAGAUCAAUCGCAGGGAGGAGUUGUCCUUUAAUGGGCAAGAGACCAAGAAGAGCCACACCUUUGUGGAUGAGAGGCUGAUGGAUCUCAUUCCCGUGAACCACUUAUGGGACCAGAACGAGCCCAGGCUGUUUGUGUGCGAGGCCGUGCGGGAGGCGCCAGGAGCCCAGCUGCAGUUCGGGGACAAGAAGCCGCCCACUGAGGACAGCCCAGUCCCCACGGCGGACGUGCUGAUUCUGUCCUUCUUCAUUACGGAAGAGCAUGGCUUCUUGCUUCAGGACAGCUUCCCACGGCCUCCCGCCUACCAGAAUCUUCUGGGGAUCGAAGCGCCUCAUUAUUACUUCACAAGAAAGCCAGGAGAAGCAGACAGAGAAGACCAGGUGGACUCAGGGUGCCCGUGCGUGGGCAGGAGGCCACUGCGAGACUUCAUCGGGCUGGAGGGCUGCGAUAAGCCCACUCGGGAUGCCAUGCUUCAGUUCAGUUUCUUCGUCGCUGUCGGAGACAUGGAUGAAGCUUUCAAAUCUAUCAAACUCAUCAAAAGUGAGGCUGUCUGGGAGAACAUGGCGCGCAUGUGCGUGAAGACCCAGCGGCUAGACGUUGCCAAGGUGUGCCUGGGGAACAUGGGCCAUGCGCGUGGAGCCCGAGCGCUGCGGGAGGCCGAGCAGGAGCCGGAGUUGGAGGCCAGAGUGGCCAUGCUGGCCAUUCAGCUGGGCAUGCUGGAGGACGCCGAGCAGCUGUACAGGAAGUGCGGGCGCUACGAUCUCCUGAACAAGUUGUACCAGGCCUCUGACCAGUGGCAGAAGGCUGUGGAAGUCGCAGAGCUCCAUGAUCGCAUUCAUCUGCGCACCACCUACUACAACUACGCCCGGCACCUGGAGGCGAGCGCCGACCGCGGCCUGGCCCUCAGCUACUAUGAGAAGUCCGACACCCACCGCUUUGAGGUCCCCAGGAUGCUCUCAGAGGACCUGCAGUCUCUGGAGCUCUAUAUCAAUAAGAUGAAGGACAAGACCCUGUGGAGGUGGUGGGCCCAGUACCUGGAGAGCCAGGCUGAGAUGGACGCUGCGCUGCACUACUACGAGCUGGCACAGGACUACUUCUCCCUGGUCCGCAUCUACUGCUUCCAGGGCAACAUUCAGAAGGCUGCUGAGAUAGCCAACGAGAGCGGAAACUGGGCCGCAUCCUAUCACCUGGCCCGUCAGUACGAGAGCCAGGAGGAGGUGAGGCAGGCCGUGCACUUCUACACGCGGGCGCAAGCCUUCAACAACGCCAUCCGCCUGUGCAAGGAGAAUGGCCUGGACGACCAGCUCAUGAACCUGGCUCUGCUGAGCUCCCCUGAGGAUAUGACCGAGGCGGCGCUCUACUACGAAGACAAGGGCGAGCACAUGGACAGGGCGGUCAUGCUGUACCACAAGGCCGGCCACUUCUCCAAGGCCCUGGAGCUGGCCUUCGCCACCCAGCAGUUCGUGGCUCUGCAGCUCAUAGCAGAGGACCUGGACGAGAGGUCGGACCCCGCCCUCCUGGCCCGCUGUUCGGAUUUCUUCAUCGAGCACAGCCAGUACGAGAAGGCGGUGGAGCUGCUGCUGGCUGCAAAGAAGUAUCACGAAGCCCUGCGGCUUUGCCUGGAGCAGAACAUGACCAUCACCGAGGAGAUGGCCGAAAAGAUGACCGUGUCCAAGGACUCCAAGGACCUGUCUGAAGAGUCCCGGCGCCAGCUGCUGGAGCAGAUUGCGAACUGCUGCAUGCGCCAAGGCAACUACCACCUGGCGACCAAGAAGUACACGCAGGCAGGGAACAAGCUGAAGGCCAUGAGAGCACUGCUGAAGUCUGGGGACACGGAGAAAAUCGUGUUCUUUGCAGGCGUCUCGAGGCAAAAGGAAAUCUACAUCAUGGCUGCCAACUACCUGCAGUCCCUGGACUGGCAGAAGGAGCCGGAGAUCAUGAAGAACAUCAUCAGCUUCUACACCAAGGGGCGCGCCCUAGACCUUCUGGCCGGCUUCUACGAUGCCUGUGCCCAGGUGGAGAUCGAUGAGUACCAGAACUACGACAAAGCCCACGGGGCGCUGACCGAGGCCCACAAGUGCCUCUCCAAGGCCAAGGCUCAGAGCCCCCUGGAUCAGGAGACCAAGCUGGCCCAGCUGCAGAGCAAGAUGACGCUGGUGAAGAGGUUCAUCCAGGCCCGAAGGAUGUACCCCGAGGACCCCAAGGAGGCGGUGAAGCAGUGUGAGCUGCUCCUGGAGGAGCCAGAGCUGGAAGGCACCAUCCGCAUGGGGGACGUCUAUGGCUUCCUGGUGCAGCACUACCUGCAGGGGGAGGAGUUCCACAUGGCCUACAAGUAUCUGGAGGAGAUGCGGAAGCGAGUGCCCUCUGCCAACAUGUCCUACUACGUGAACCAGCGGACUGUGGACGCCGUGCACCAGGGCCUGGGCAUCCCUCUCAUGCACACUGUGCCAGAGCGGGUCCACCACAACAGCGCAGAGGACCAUAAGGAAAUGGACGAAGAGGUGCUGGAGGAGGUGGAGAACGACCCCUGA